AUUCAUUCUUCACACCAAAUUCCUUCAGCAUUUUGGCUUUCAUGGCCGUUCGUCUUGUUGCAGUGCUGCUCUUUGCUUUGGCUCUUUCUGGGGUUCAGCUCUCGAGUUGCCAUGUCCUCAAAGGGAAGCUCGCUUGCCUUGAUUGCAGUAGCCGUUAUGACUUCUCAGGCAUCAAGGUUCUAGUGAAGUGUGAUAAUGCGAAAAGGUUGGCUACAAGUACAACCAAAAGUGAUGGCUCCUUUGAGGUUGAGCUUCCUUCAGAUAGUAGCUCAAGAACUUCAACUACUCCACUGAAUUGUCUAGCCAAGAUUGCUGGUGGUUCAAGUCAGCUCUAUGCCUCAAAGAAGAACAUGGUGUCCAAGAUUGUGAAAACCCAAGAUUCUAGCCCAUACGCCAUCUCCACUCCUCUUGUGUUUUCCACUACAUCCCCUCCACUUGGGAAGAUAAAGGACAUAGGUUCCUCCAAGACAGUUGAUCUGCCUCUCCCAAGGGAAUGGGGCUUGGCACCUUCUAGCUAUUAUCCUCCCUUCAUUCCCAUCAUUGGAAUCCCUUGACUUGGAACCUUAUAUAGUUGUUAAAUAUAUGUGUGUGUGGCUUUGAAUAUGAAGAAAGGGUGAAUUAAUUUGCUCUAUAUUAUAUGUUUAAUUAAGUGAAUUGUGUUAUGAAUUGAAGCAUGUGUUCUUGCAUUUGAAUCA